AUGGAAUUCGGAGCAGGGGAAUUCGUGUGGUUUCUAGCGCUGAAAUCUUCGAGAGUGAAUCCGGCGGAGAAUCCGCCGCCUGUGGCGGAGCUGUACGGCAAAGAGCACGCCGCGUCAACUCAGCUGCUGUACGAGCUCUCCCCGUGUUUCAAGCUCGGGUUCAUGGCGGCGAAUCUCGCGAUUCUCGAAUCCACUCUGGAGGAGGUAGAAGAAGAAGAACAGGGGAAUAAUACGAAGAUGAAGAAGAAGAAGAGUUGUUGGUUUCCACGUCGUGGAUUUCGAAUGCCUACCACGAGAAGCUGA